GGGUGUUGUUGAAAGUUUAUUAAACUGCGAAGCUUUUUCUAUUUUCCUUGGAAAUUACGCUAAAAAAAUGGGGUUUUUAACCGUGUUGAAGAAAAUCAAACAAAAAGAAAAGGAAAUGAGGAUCCUUAUAUUAGGCCUGGAUAAUGCCGGAAAAACCACGAUUCUCAAAAGAUUCAAUGGAGAAGCCAUUGAUACAAUAUCGCCCACUUUGGGUUUUAAUAUCAAAACUUUAGAACACAAAAACUUCAAACUCAACAUGUGGGAUGUGGGCGGACAAAAAUCAUUGAGAUCUUAUUGGAGAAACUACUUCGAAUGCACAGAUGGUCUUAUUUGGGUAGUCGACAGUGCCGACAAACGAAGACUGGAUGAUUGCAAGAAGGAACUUGAUUCUCUCUUACUAGAAGAGAGAUUGGGUGGAGCCACGUUACUAAUUUUUGCCAACAAACAAGAUCUACCCGGAGCCUGUGAUAUUAAGCAAUUAAAAGAGAUUUUGGAGUUGGAUAAAAUCAAAACACAUCACUGGAAAAUCGUGCAGUGCAGUGCAGUAACUGGGGAGAAUCUAUUGGAAGGAAUCGACUGGCUUAUUGGUGACAUUGCAGCAAGAAUUUUCACUUUGGAUUAAAAUAUUUAAUAAGACUGUGAUUAAUAUAAUUAAUUUUUUAUUGCUUUUAAAAAAAAUAUAACUCGACUUUAAUGGCUGUCCAUAAAUUGUAGUUCAGAAAGCACUAAAAUAUGAUUUGGCAAAGGUUUCGGUUGAGGCGAUAAUACUGAAAUUGUUUGUCUAUCUGUAUCCACAUUUGUACUAAAAAAAAAAUAUAAUAUGUAUUUGUUAUUACAAGUUUUCUAUUAAAAAUUUACUUACACACAAAUAAAUCCUAUUACAUGAGAUAAAAUAACCUCAUCGUCUGGCUUUUCUGCAAAACUAACUGCCAGUAUAUGAUGAAGUAUACCAACAUUCGGUGUUAGAGGUACCAACUUCGUUAAGUUGUCUCCUGGUUUCAUACCUGAAGAAAAAAAAAGUGUAGAUAUAAUUGGCAAUUUAUUCGACUUUCUUAGCCAUUCAAUGAAAAUACAAAAUAAUGAGAUUCUCACCAUGUGGUAAACAGGAGUCGGGCAAUGGUGGAGCCCCAAUUUUAAACAAUUUAAUUUCAGACCAUUUCAAAUCAAACGGAUGAGGGUAGAGUUGGUUUUUUGGCGUUCCGUAAAAAUAUUCUCUUAUUCUUUGAUCUCGGUUUUCACUGCGUGUGCUUUUUGAAAUUUCCACAACCUGUAACAAUUUUUUGCAAAAACACAACGUUAACAUAACUGGGCAUAUCUCGAACCAAUUCGUUGUACAACCUUUCUUGAUCCAAAACCAUAAUGACAUCAACUUCAAAAGCUUCUCCUGCUUGAAGUAUUUGUUUGUAGCCUUCAUUUUUUAUCCAGCCGCAAGUAUUAA